AUGACACAAAAUUUAAGCGGUUCAACUGCUUCAAUUGCAAAAGAUGCUUCCUGUGAAGCGAAUUUUGAGGCAGAUGUAUUUUCCUCCAUCAUUAAUAUUCUGAAGGAUGGCGAAAGUCAAGCUUCCAACGAAGACAAUUUAGAGCAAUUGCAAUUCAAUGGCAUUGAAUUUCCAAACCGACUUUGUGUAAGUAAUUCUUCGGAUAUAUUUUUGUUUCAUUUAAUUUUCCAAAACCAAUUUAUUUAUCUGAAAUGA